AUUGUCAAAGCAUUUCCUUCACAUUUUGUGAAAAUAAUGUAGGUAAAUAAAAAUAAAUGAGGUAGUUAUCCAAUAAGAUAUUUAUUAAUAGUAACAGACUGCUAAGUGUUGAUGGAAAAAUUGAGUAAUUUGCUUAAAAAUGAGUAAGAGAAAAUUAGGAAUAAUGACUGGAUCGGGUACAACAAAACAACCAAGACAUUGGUCCUUAGGACUUCUCGGUUCAAUGGAAGACCCAGAGUCUAUUGUUAAAAAGACAGAAAGGAUUGUUGUCAUAAGGGAUAAAUACCCUAAAGCAAAAAUCCAUUAUCUUGUCCUGCCUUAUGAGGACAUUAACAGUAUUUAUAAGCUAACCGAAAAACAUACUAGUCUGUUAGAAGAAUUUGGAAAACUUUACGAAGAAUUAAAAGAGAAACAUAAGGAGAGUAACCUUCGAGCCGGCUUUCAUGCAGUGCCAAGUAUGCAAAGGCUGCACAUGCAUGUCAUUAGCACGGAUAUGAUAUCACCAUGCCUAAAAACUAAAGUGCACUGGAAUAGUUUUACAACUAGAUUUUUUAUACCAUAUCAAGAUGUUCUAAAAGGUAUAAAAGAAGAUGGUGGGAUCAAAAAAAUAUCUAAUGAACUUCACAAGAGUUUAAUGUCAACAGAAUUAAUAUGUAAUCAAUGUAAUUUCAAACCUAAAAAUAUGCCUCAACUAAAGGAACAUUUAUUGACUCAUGUGAAAUAGUUAAAUAUAAUAUAAUAUUUUUUUAUUAUUUAUUGGACUCUGUGUGGCAAGUGAUCUGGUCAUUAAUUUUGGAUUCUGUGAUUAAAAUACUUGCGAAUAUAAAAAUACUACACUGUA